CUCAGAAUCUAUCUAUCUGAUCGAACCGACACUGGCUUCGCCCUACCUAUCACGUUCUUGCUCGUACGUUUCAUACUUGCGUGAUCCCAUGUGUACUGGACAUUAGAACGAUUCUCGGCCCGGUGCCUAUUCUUCGCGCGCCAGCGCCCUCCUGGCUCAUCCCGAUUUAGCAACUGAGCUGCCUAAUGCGGCAGCCCCUUGCUAUUGUGACUUUCAGGAGAGACCGGCAUGGGUGUUCUUCGCUCCAACCCGGGCUUGUCUGGUCCCUAUAUCGGUGCCCAGUUCCUGGCUUUCUUCUGCCCUCCCACCCUCCUCAUGUCCCUCACCCGCAUUCCAUUCCCGCCGCCGGGCCUCGGGCCAGAGCCGCCCAGGUCCCCGCGUCGACUCCGCGCGAGCUUCGCACUGGCUGUCAUCCCGGAGAUCCCUGUUACAGAGGAGGCGGAAUACGACGAUUGUGCGGUGCUGAGUCCGCGCAGUCCGCUCUCUACUGUUUCUGAGCGGGGGGAGGACGAGGAUGUCCCAGACUCGCCGCAGAGCCUCAACUUCGCAUCGGGCACACUCAACGGCCGAGUCGACAGCAUAGAAUUGUUUUGCGAGAGCCUCACGAAGCGGGUCAACGGUCUCAAGCAGCAGCUGGACGAGAUGCGCAUCGAUGUAGUCGGGCUGGAAGGGACGAUCCAAGGGAUAGAGAAGUCCAGAGCGGGAUCCCCUCCGCACUAAUCGACGGAUACUUUGUGUCCAUUCGGGUCAUCCGUCCCUUCGUUCGCACAUACACUCCUUUGUUCAAUCCCUGCUUCCUUGUUCUCUUGCUACGCCCCCUUGUAACAGUUUCAGUGUGUUAUCGCCGCGAUAUCGCGUCCCGAAUAGAAACAACCCAUCUCAUUCAACCAGAUAUCUCGCCGCAUGCCACAUACGCUUUUUCUUCGGCACGCAACGCCGCAAUAGAAUGGCG